AGAUCGCUCACAGAAUGACUGAUCUGGCCAAUGAGAUUUGGAAAUUUUGAGUCAUCCCUAUUGUACAAUUAGUUCGCUCGACGUUGAAGGUAUCUUCAUUCGUUGGUAGGUGGUUGUAGGCAGUUGUAGGAAAGAGUCAGUGUAGGAGGUACGUAGAGCACAGCAGAGCCACGCAGAUCCCAACAAAGCCACGCAAAGCGCAGCUGAGUAGCCAAUAGAUCUUGCCGCUCUUGGGACCAUUUGGGACAUUGGAAUAUAUGGAAUCACAUAGGAGAGUGGGAGACAGGAGAUACGCUCAGUGACCAGUGAGUUCGGCGUGUGAAUUUAUUCUCCUCUUCAUCCGCUGAGCAACUUGCUUAUGCAAGUUUCGGUGUGUUUGUAUUCUUUGCGCCAUAUGCCUCUUUACGAAUCGAAAAAAUUGCCUCACGAGUUACAUACUUUAUGUGAAAAAACUGUGAUUUCCACAUAAUUCACGCGAACGAGUUAAAGGAAUCAGUUUACUUGGCAGCCUACUUAGUGCAUUUUUAGAGAGUAGUGCCGAAGGAAUCCACACGAUGGACCAAUUUUGUGGUUCUAAGUUUUGGGAUUCCAAUUUAACAUGGUAUACAGAUGAUCCAGAUCUGACAGAAUGCUUUCAAAAAACUGUUCUUGUUUGGACACCAUGUGCGUUUCUAUGGGUGUUUUCUCCGCUCGAGGCUUACUACUUACUAAGCAGCAGAAGAAAGAAUAUACCAUAUACUUGGAAAUUUAUUUCUAAAUUUGUACUUACCAUUGGAUUAGUUUUGCUUUCAAUCAUUGAUUUAGGAAAAGCAAUAUAUGAUACAAAAUAUACAACAGUUUACAAUGUAGACUUCUAUACACCCCUUAUAAAGAUUGUUAGCUUCAUUUUAGCAGCUGUCCUAUUGAUAUAUAAUAGGAAGUAUGGAAUGAGAACAUCUGGCUUACUCUUCUUGUUUUGGUUCCUACUUAUAUUAUGUGGCUGUGUACAGUACAGAAGUGUCAUUAGGUUAUAUAUAGAGAUUGGACCAACAUAUGAAUUUGUUUCUUAUAUGAUCUACUAUGCGGCAGUUGUGCUAAUUUUUCUAUUGAAUUUCUUGGCUGAUGCAGAACCAAAAUACUCAGAGUAUGCGAUUGUUGAAAGACAAUGUCCAGAACAAAGUGCCUCGUUUCCAUCCAGAAUCUUCUUUGCAUGGUUCGAUCCAUUGGCAUGGAAGGGUUUCAAAAAACCUUUGGAAACGACAGAUUUAUGGUCCAUGAAUCCUGAGGAUACAGCUAGAGAGAUUGUGCCACGGUUUGAUAAAUAUUGGAACGAGAAUUUACGGAAAAGUCAGAAUGUACAGGGUGCGAAAGCCUCAUUCAGGAAGUCAUCGGGAGAAGUGGAUUUCGAUAGUUCGCGAAAGAAAAAAGUAGCUUCAAUUUUAUUACCACUGUGCAAGGCUUUCGGUCCCACUUUUAUCUUUGGCGUCUUACUUAAACUCUCCCAGGAUGUAAUGACCUUUUUAAGUCCUCAGAUCCUGAAAUUGUUGAUUAACUUUGUUUCCGCAAAUGAGCCUAUGUGGAAAGGAUAUCUAUAUGCAGUUCUUCUCUUCCUUACGGCUACUAUACAAACACUUGUUUUAUCACAGUACUUUAAUCGCAUGUUCCUCGUCGGCUUACGGAUAAGAACGGCUCUGAUAGCAGCAAUUUAUCGGAAAGCUUUAAGAAUGUCGAAUGCGGCACGAAAAGAAUCCACAGUCGGUGAAAUAGUUAAUCUCAUGUCAGUCGAUGCGCAGAGAUUCAUGGAUUUGACUGCUUACAUAAAUAUGAUUUGGUCGGCACCAUUGCAAAUUGCAUUGGCCCUUUAUUUUCUAUGGGAUAUAUUGGGACCAUCGGUGCUUGCUGGACUCGCUGUGAUGAUCAUCCUAAUUCCAGUAAAUGCGUUCAUCGCAAGCAAAGUGAAGACGCUGCAGAUCAGACAGAUGAAGAACAAAGAUGAAAGAGUCAAGUUGAUGAACGAAGUUUUAAAUGGGAUUAAAGUUCUCAAGCUUUAUGCGUGGGAACCUUCAUUUGAGCAACAAAUUCUGAAGAUUCGAAAUAAAGAGUUGCAAGUGCUGAAGGAAGCUGCUUACCUCAAUGCCGGUACUAGUUUCAUCUGGUCCUGCGCACCUUUCUUAGUAUCUUUGGUAUCAUUUGCCACCUUUGUAUUCAUAGAUGAAAAAAACGUUCUGGACAGCACUACUGCAUUUGUUUCCUUAAGUUUAUUCAAUAUUUUGCGCUUCCCACUUUCCAUGUUGCCUAUGAUGAUCACAAAUAUUAUACAGGCGGCAGUUUCUGUAAAACGUAUAAACAAAUUUAUGAACACCGAGGAGUUAGAUCCUAAUAAUGUGCAACAUGAUUCAUCUGAAAUGUAUCCAGUGGUUAUAGAGAAUGGGAAUUUUACCUGGGAUUCUGAUAACGCCGAGAAACCGGUCUUGCGUAAUAUUAAUAUUCAAGUGAAGCAAGGUCAGUUGGUAGCUUUGGUGGGUUCUGUCGGUUCUGGAAAAAGUUCGCUGGUGUCUGCACUCCUUGGUGAAAUGGAUAAAUUAAGCGGUCGAGUCAAUACAAAGGGGUCUAUUGCGUACGUGUCUCAGCAAGCAUGGAUUCAGAAUGCCACUCUGCAAGAUAAUAUUCUAUUUGGAAAACCACUUGAUAAAACCCUCUACAAUCGAGUGGUAGAAGCCUGCGCGUUGGGGCCUGAUCUCAAAAUGCUACCAGCCGGUGACCAGACAGAAAUUGGCGAGAAAGGAAUAAAUCUGUCCGGUGGGCAGAAGCAAAGAGUUUCCUUGGCCAGAGCAGUAUACCAUGAUGCAGACAUGUACUUCCUAGAUGAUCCUCUAAGCGCAGUGGAUUCUCACGUGGGGAAGCACAUCUUUGAAAAUGUCAUUGGACCUAGUGGUCUUUUGAAGAAAAAAACAAGAAUCUUGGUUACUCACGGAAUCACUUAUCUUCCCGAGGUAGACAAUAUCAUUGUUCUGAAGGACGGCGAAAUUACGGAAAGCGGCACCUAUAAACAACUCCUAGAGAAGAAAGGAGCCUUCGCAGAGUUCCUCGUGCAACAUCUUCAAGAAGUUGGAAAUCUGGCUGUCGACGACGCUUCCGAAUCUGAGUUAGAUGAGAUCAAACAGCAGUUGGAGUCUACAAUAGGCGCCGAUGAAUUGCAGCAAAAGUUGUCACGCGCCAGAUCAAGGAUAUCUGAAAGUCACAGUGAAUCUGGUUCAAUAAACGAAAAGAGAUCACUAAACGGUUCUCUGCGCAGGAAAUACUCAACCGAUAGUCAACAUUCUGAAAGUUUCACGCGCACCAACAGUAUUCGAGAGAAAGAACCUUUGCAUUUAAAGGUGGGAGAAAAGUUGAUAGAAGUUGAGAAAACAGAAACCGGAAGUGUAAAAUGGCACGUGUACAAGCAUUACUUAAUGUCAAUCGGAUGGUUCCUAUCGAUCUCAACGAUCGUGAUGAAUGCAAUAUUUCAAGGAUUCAGUAUUGGCUCAAAUGUAUGGCUAAGCAUAUGGUCGAACGACAAUACGACAGUGAUCGAUGGAAAAGUAGAUGAAGCUAAACGGGACAUGUACCUAGGUGUCUAUGGCGCACUAGGUUUUGGACAAGUCUUAAGCGUCUUUUUCGCCUCGCUGUGUUUACACUUGGGUACUCUACGAUCGUCUGCUGGGAUGCUGCGUCAUAUGUUGUCCAAUAUAAUGCGCUGGCCCAUGUCCUUCUUCGACACGGUGCCUACCGGCCGUAUUCUGAGCCGUUUCGGUGGUGACGUAGAUACGAUGGACAACAGACUGCCAAUGGUUCUCAUACAGUGCCUGUCCUCUUUGUUUAGGGUGAUUGCGACACUUGUGGUCAUCAGCUUCAGUACUCCUAUUUUUGUCUCGAUAAUAAUACCCAUAGGAAUCAUUUAUUACUUUGUACAACGCUUUUACGUUGCCACCUCAAGACAACUCAAGCGGUUGGAGUCCGUUUCAAGGUCGCCGAUAUAUUCUCACUUUGGUGAAUCCGUAACUGGUGCCCAGACUAUUCGGGCUUACGGCGUGCAGGAAAGAUUCAUAAAGGAAUCCGAGAGCGGAGUGGACCUCAAUCAAGUGUGCUAUUAUCCCAGCAUAAUUGCCAAUCGAUGGUUGGCUAUCAGAUUGGAAAUGGUUGGCAAUAUGAUAAUCUUCUUUUCUGCAUUAUUAUCGGUCCUGAGGGACAGCAUGAGCCCGGGACUCGUUGGUUUGUCCGUGAGCUAUGCUCUUCAGAUAACGCAAACUCUUAAUUGGUUGGUACGAAUGACCUCGGACGUGGAGACCAACAUAGUGGCUGUCGAGAGGAUAAAAGAAUAUGGCGAGACUGAGCAGGAAGCGCCCUGGAACAUUCCAGAGACUCAGCCACCUAAGGACUGGCCGCGAAAUGGUCGUGUCGAAUUUCAAGAUGUUAAAGUACGUUACAGGGAAGGUCUUGAUCUUGUUCUGAACGGUCUUACGUUUAUUGUCAAUGGCGGAGAGAAAGUUGGCAUCGUCGGCAGAACGGGUGCCGGCAAGUCAUCCCUCACCUUGUCGCUAUUCAGGAUAAUAGAGCCAGCACAUGGGAAGAUUUUCAUAGAUAAUAUUGACAUCUCGACCUUGGGUCUUCAUGAGCUGAGAACGAGACUCACUAUAAUCCCUCAAGAUCCCGUACUCUUUUCUGGGACUCUUCGAAUCAAUUUGGAUCCGUUCUAUCUAUAUGACGAUGAGGAAGUAUGGCGAGCUCUAGAGCACGCUCAUCUCAGGCACUUUGUCAGUGGACUGCCCAAUGGUCUUAUGCACGAGGUAUCCGAAGGCGGUGACAACUUGAGUGUCGGUCAGAGGCAACUGAUCUGUCUGGCCAGAGCUUUGCUCAGGAAAACACGUGUCCUAAUUCUGGACGAAGCUACGGCUGCUGUCGACUUGGAAACGGAUGAUUUGAUUCAGCGAACAAUUCGACAGGAGUUUCAUGAUUGUACUAUUCUCACGAUUGCUCAUAGACUCAAUACAAUUCUCGAUUCGGACAAGGUAAUUGUUCUUGACAAAGGCCGCAUUAUCGAGUACGAUGCUCCCGAUGCACUGCUGCAAAUAAAAACCAGCGCAUUCUACAGCAUGGCGAAAGACUCUGGUCUCGUGGCGUGAAGUGUCGCGUAAUGUCACAAAAUGCGUGUCUUACAAUUAGUGUAUUGGCCGUAAGAAGCCCCCUGUCCUUGCCCGUACGCUACUAUGCGCAUUCUCGCAAUUUCCAAGCAAAAUAUUGUCGAGAGACUGAAUGCGUGCCACACGAAACGUCUAACUGAGCGUCACAAUGAGUAUAUACUCGUAUAGUAGAAGAGCAUUUACUACUUACAGCUUAAACCUUUGGGAGAUUUUUUUUUUAGCAACUUUCGUAGCGUAGUCAUUACUCUCUUAUAGCGAGAGCGGCGUGUCAAUUACGCAAAUGUUAUACAGAGCUUCAUCCAUAAAUUGAUUACUUAAAUUACCGCCCAUUUAACAACUUAUCUGGAAUCACUUUAUCACGAUAUACUUAUUUUUUUUAAAUGUAAUUCAGAUUUACGAAAACUCUUAUGCUUUCCCAUGGCAAUAGUUGAACUAAACAAAAUGGCCAUUUGAAAGUCGCCUACUUGCAUUAUCAUAGUGGUAAUUAUUGAAUAUAAAUAAGUGCAGAAUAUAGAAAGGUAUAAUAAUAAUUCUGGAAGAGAAGCUAAUAGCAGAUAAAAGUAAACACCAAAAUGAAAUUUAACAUCACAGCCCUUUUCGAUGAAGUAUUUUGCAAUGGGACUUUCAGUCGGCCACGUUUUACAUUUCGAUAUAAAUCCCAUUAAUUUAUAGUGAUUAUUUCCUUUCCCCAGCACAAUUGAAACUCACAAACAACAAUACUAGUAUUAAUUUAUUUUAUUCCGUAUCCAAUUACUAAGCGUUAUCCCUACAGUGACGCUGAGGUACUUAAGUUAAUAUUAAUACAGGACAUUUUACACUAACUGUUUAUCUUUUGAAUUUACUCACGCAGAAGUAAUUACCAAAACAGUUGUGUAAUGCAAACCGUACGUUAGGAACAUUCAAAGACCUAUUAGCUGGAUCCUACCGCUCUUAUACAACUCACAACUCCAUCUUGAUUGUCCUUGAAAAUAUUUUCUCAGGUCGCAUAGGAUAUUUAUGGAUUAGCUACAAAUACACGAUACAAGCAAUGUACGUAGCGCGCGUUCCUACGCCGCUACCUUAAUUAAGAAAACACGUAGCACUUAACUACGUAGCGAUACUUUAUUUUGAGUAAUAAAAAUAAAAUAGAAAAAUAAAGGAAGAACACUUGCCGAUGGAAUCAAUGCGUCUAGAAAUCGCAAGGGUUACGAGUAUGUGAUACGCUGGUCGCUGAGCGAUGAAGGAAAAGUGCCUUCUCGCGUAUUUAUGUACGACGAAUUCUAUCUUGUAUAAUAUGUUCGAUAGUUCAAGAGUAGCUGCACACUUACCUUAAUGUCGUGCAAUAAUAUUACAUCGUCAUGGCGCAAUUA